GAGAUGUCUGUAGGAUGUUUUGUGUGACCGGUUGUGCUGUAGGAAGCGGGGUUUGUUUUUUGAUGCAGCAGUGUUUUUGAAAGAUGUAUUAUAUUAUAGUUGUAUAUGUUUGUUUAACGAAGUAAUGUUUAAUCGUAUUCAUGACGUAAAAUUCUGCCGAGUAACAGUUUGCUAUGGAUAACAGGAAUGUUAUUGUCAAAUGGACAAAUUGUUGCCGUUUAUGUCUUCUUGAUGAUGGCAUUAAAUUGCAUAUAUUUGAAGAAGAAGGGAUCCAAAGACAAGUUGCACGCAAAAUAGAGACAUGUUUUCCGAUUUUGAUAUAUGUCGGAGAUCCACUGCCAAAGAUGAUCUGUCAUAAAUGCCUCUAUAAAUUGGACACAGUGUAUGAUUUUCGUCUUAGAUGUCUUGAAGCCAAUACUACUCUGAAGACACAGUUAUUGACCCUGACGCAUAUCACCGAGGUGAAGCAGUAUCUGAAUACUUUAGAAUCGGCUUCAUAUGUGAGAAAGGAGGCAACAGAGAAGCCAUUACACACUGAUACUGCAUCACCUGUCAGUAGGCAGGUGAAACCACCUGAGCCUGUGAUCCCUAGCAGUAAGGUAGCAGUUACAGAAGAAAAAGUGGGGCCUGUACAACUUGACAGCAGUUCAGAAAAUGUGUUUCAAGAGGUAUUUCUGGCAGACUGCUCAAGUGAUGUUUUUUUCCCUGAGCAAAGUCCUGAUGAGAAUGUGCAAAGAAAUGAAAAUGGAAAUAAUUUGGCCAAACCACUCAGAAGAGAACAGACUGUGUCUGUAGCUCCUGUUGAUACGUGUGCAUCCUUUCCUGCUGUGAAGAUAAAGCAGGAACCCCAGGAUGACACCAUGAAAGAUCAUCCUCAAGAUGAAUUUGGAGAACCCAGGAACCCAGUCAAGUCACAACCAUCCCUACCAAGAAAUGAUGCUCUGCCCCGAGCAGAUUUGGAACCUCUGCAUGUAAAUCUGGAGAAGGUGAAACAGGAGAAGGUGGACACAGCAGACAUAGAAUGUUCAAAGUGCAAAAUCAGGUUCCAAGAUAACGGACAACUGCAGAAGCAUGUGUGUUCAGUGUCGCAGUGGAGUUGUGAGCACUGCAACAAGUACUUCAAGUCAAAAGAUACGCUUUACAAACAUAAAAAGUACUUCUGUCCCAAGAAGAAGAACAGCUGUAUUUGCAAGGGCUGUGGUAAGCUGUUCAGUUCUUUGAUUGAAAUGGCACAGCAUCAGAAGGUGCAUCUCCGAGUCUGUGUCUCUCUUCAAGAGGAGAACCUGUUUACAUGUACUGUGUGCAGAAAGAAAUUUGCAGCAAGAUCCAUGUUGGAGAUGCACAAGAAAUCGCACUCUUCUGUGAACUUUUAUAUGAACCAAACUGAAGGUGUUUCAGUAGGAAAGGUCCUGGUUAAAAAAUUCAAAUGUCAGUAUUGUCCAAAAUGCUAUACAAGAAGAGAUAAAUUAAGAACUCACAUGAAAUCUCAUUUUGUGGGAGAGAAGCCUAACAACAUGCCUGAAGGGUCUGUGGAAAGCAAACAGACAAACACUAGUGAUGCAGUGCCUCAGUCAUCAAAGAAGUGCAGCUGUAAGUACUGUGAAUAUGUCUGUGAUGAUUCCGCAGCUUUGUGGCUGCACAUGCUACAACAGCAUUCUUCUGAAAAGGCAUACAAAUGCAAUAAAUGUGGCAGAGGUUUCAGUCACCUGCAUGCCUAUUCUAAUCACAAGAAAACACACAAUGCCAAGAUACGCUGUAGGGUGUGUGAAAAACCAUACUCAUCAAGCAAAGCAUUGCGAGAGCACGAGUACAGCAAACACAGCAUUCAGAAGGCUCCACACCACUGUAGACUGUGCACAGAGAGCUUUGUGACACGGUCAGCACUCCUUAUUCAUGGCAGGAUUCAUCACACAAAAGGUAAAAAUGAUGCCCCUCUGUUGAAAGAAGCAGAGAUAAAGGUUGGGACACUUCCAUGUAGCCUCUGCAGUGAGCGGUUUCCAAGCCCAGUAACCCUUGUAGCACACAUGCAGACUCAUAUUGGCUUGGGGAUGGGGAACAGGGAUGUGAGAAAUGAGAACAUAGGUAAUCUGGACCUGGGGUCUCAGCCCCAGAGCAGCCGUGAGAAAGAGGAGGAACAUCUGCCUUUGACAUGUAAAAUUUGCUUCAGACUUUUCAGUAAUAAGGGUGGUUUGCAGCGUCAUAUAAAGAUACAUGCUACAGGAAAGCAUGUGUUCUAUCCCUGCAAAGUAUGCGGAAAGAAGUUUGUAUCACAAUCUACGUAUGAAGCCCAUGCGGCCACACACAUGGUCUCAAAAUCAUUUCAUUGCCAUCACUGUAAUAAAAUAUUCUUCAGGGAGGAAGCGUUUAAGUGUCACAUAUGUGAGAAUGCUGAGAAGCAGGCAUGCUUGACAUGUGGCAUUCUGUUGACAGAAGAACAGCACUUGAAUCAUGUUUGUGAAGGCAGCAUUUUGAAGAGUUCAGAGUUGCUGGUGAGGUGCACCGUCUGUCCCGCGGUAUUCAGUUCCACAAAGGCACGGAACAAUCACAUGAGGAUCCAUGGGAGGCAGCUCAUGCUUACAUCAUCACUCCCAGCAAAUUUGAAGAGCAUGUUUGUUAAAAUGAGCAACGGCUUGUAUAAGUGUAACAUUUGUAGCAAGUUGACAACAACCCAACAAGGUGCAGCAGGACAUUCUAGGUGGCAUACUUGUCCGCAGCCACUGAAACAAUACCAUUGCCCUUUCUGUAACCGCAAAUACACUACAGAGACUGGACUUUACACCCACAUCACUGCCGAACACCCAGAGAUGCCAGGUUAGAGAUACAGCAGGGCACAGAACGGAGCAUUCAUCAUUCUUACAUAAGUGUGGAACCAGCUGGGGUCCCACAGGAGCAAGUCUGUCUUCAUUUUUACCUUGCCACGAAUUUCACAAUAUAAAAUUAUGGAGACCUACCUGGAUUUCUGGUAGAAUUAGUGUCCUUCUGAUGGGAUUCUUUGAUUUGUCAAAACCAAAUGCUUGCUUUGUUACAAGCUUCACUGCAAAAUAUUGGCACUAUGUCCUGUCAUAUCAUAGCAAAUGUUGGGUGUCCUGCAUUGCGUAUUCAGUUUUAUUGGACAUGGUUUCUAGUCAACUGUAGAACAAGAACAAGUACCUCUUUGAUAUUAGAAACUGAAAGUUCAAUGCUGACUUUUUGACCACAUUCUGCUCAUGUUCAUUCCAUU